UACAGACACGCACAAACCUUUCCUUUCUUCCCUGCGUCCGUUUUCCUUCGCUGUUUUGCUCGUUCCCUCUGCACGCUGCGCCGACGACGAGAGGCGACCAGGAAUCCGACGCCGCCGACCGCUUCCGUUUAUCUCUCUCUCUCUCUCUCGCUACUGUUCCGGUUCGCGUGCGCCAGGCCGACGAGGAGCAGCGGCGACCAACCCUUCCUAUCUAAGAUCCGAUUUCUUCAACUUUUGAGAAAUUGGGGGUUGAACACCGCCGGAUUCCGGUGAGACGCCGGCGGCGGACGUCGGCAGGCCGGUCAGGGCUCCGACAGUGGUUUGGGUUGGCUGUGUGGGAUCCAAUUGGGUCCAAUUAGUUCCCGUUGGAUUCAAUUUGGGUCUAAUUGGGUUCAAUCGGGUCCUUUCGGGUGCAAUUGGGUGUAAUCAGGGCUGUUUGGACUCAAAUUGAUGCAAUUGGGGCUGUUUGGGAUUGCUCGAGUUGCUGUGAAUCACCCAAUAGGGCUUUUUGGUCGGGCUACGGGCUCGGGCAGCCGGGUCGGCUACCGGCGGUGGUGCCGGGGUUGGUCUGGUGACAAUGGGGACUGCUCCGGCGGGGGCAGCGGGCUUGAGGAUCGAUUCCUUGGGCUCGAUUCCGCGCAGGUAUAUUUUCACUCAGCGUUUCGCUGAGCCGUUGUUGUUUGACUGCACGCAGGUAGGAACACAGAUUUGGAUGGGCAACCCGGAGGGCAGUGAAGUGGUGGUGUGGCGUGGAUGGCUCUUGUUUACUUUAAUAAUUAAACUACAUUAUUUUAUUUGAUUAUAUGAACGGUUGAACGUUACUUUGGUUUCCUUAUGCUUCCGCGACGUUUGGAUUUAUUUAAAUAUUCUGGUGAAUUCGGGUU